GAAGAUAGACUUCAUGCAGAAAGACUGCAGCUUCUGGUUCCUGAAAAAUGAACACAAAAUUCCUUCCUUAAAUGAGCUCAGUGUGUGUGUGAACAUAAAGAGGAGGCUCAGCAAUUCAUACUGGACCGCGUUCACGUACCUGCACCCUAAUAAAACACGCAUAGAGCUUGGGCUGAAGGGAUUUGGAGAAGAACUCCAUAUCAUAAUGUUUGGGAGAGUCUGGACCAAAUCUUCGGUGGUGACCUUGGACAACUGGCAUUCCAUUUGCAUGACCUGGUCCAAAUCCAUGACCGAACCAAAAGUCUAUGUCAAUGGAACCAAAGUAGAAUUAAAACCACAGUCUGAAACGGCUCUGCAUCCUUAUUGCUGUAGCGUGGCCGCCGGUGGCACUCUGACUUUAGCUGUGGCCCACAAUUUUGUGAAGAACAAGAUAAGCAUCGAGACGGGCACUGAACUGAAGGGCAGCUUAAGUCUAUUCAGGAUGUGGAAACAAGUACGCAGUGCUCAAGAGAUCUCCACGAUGGCCUGCACUGAUGGGGAUAUGCUGCAUUGGGAGAAAAGAAUCUGGAACAAAGCCCAGGAUUGUACACCUAUACAAGACGUUACGCAGAAGUGCAACUGGCCUUUUUAUGAAGUAAAAUUAGUGCUUAUCAUCAUUCGUGAAGACGGAAACAAAACAAACAUUUACGAUGCCCGAGAAGUUGCUCAUCAGUGGUUGACACAAGCAUUAGAAGAAUGGCCAAAACAUGUAUAUUUGCAUAAAGUAAAAGUGUUCCCUAUAGGAAGCACUCUUACACGAUCCAAUGGAAGUGCAAAGGGGGGAACCAUGCAACUGUUUGCCACCAGUCCUGGACUCAGCCAGUUUGAUUGCUUGGCUCACCUGAAUGUGAUUCCCAAUGCUGAUGUAGGACAAAUACAGGAUGAACUCACUGAGAUCCUCGCCAAGCGUUACAAAAUUGACCACUAUGAAAUAAACACAGAUGCUAACUUCAUCUUCAUAUAUACUCUUGAUGAUCUUUGGCCGGACCUAGACACAAACCCACCCUUAACCGGGACUGAAACACAAACAACCACAAUUCCUCAACUGACGUCUACAGCUACUGAAAUUAUUACUCCUGCAAAAACAAUAGUCACAACACCCAAUCAAGUGGCAAUAACAACAGAAGUUGUUUCAUCCUCAACUGAAACAACAAAAAUCACUACUUCCACACCAUUCAUGGAAACAACCCUGGCAGGAAGUUCCACGACUUUUUUAUCGUCCACAAGAAGUCUUACAUUAAAUACAGCCGAAUGCUCUUCUACUAUUUCACCUGAAGGAAACAUAUCAGAAAGUUAUUUCAGUGUUAAUGUCAAUGUGACUGUCAAUGGCUCUGGUGACCCUGAGAACAUAAUUACAACCUGGCUUCAAGAAACUCUUUCUGGUAAAGGAAUACAGGUGUUGCACUUUAAACUCUUGACUUCCUCAACACAUGCACAAAAACGAAGUGUGGAAACAAAAUCAUUCAAAGUGGAUAGAAAGCACUCUCUUUCAGUGACAAGGUGA